AUGAAAUAAAAAAAUUAAAAAUAAUUCAAAUUAUAUUAUUUCCAAGAAUCAUUCCAUCAAGAAAAUAGCACAUUUGCAAUAGUAAUUGGAUUAGGAGUGGAACAAAUGGAUAUAAAUAAAUAGAUUGGAAUUAAUUUGUCUUAAUCCUUUAAAAAUGGAGACACAAUGUUAAUGAGAUCUAUCGAUAUUAAUGAUGAAGAAUUAAGAAAAAUAUUAUAAGAGUAUUUGACUGAGGAAGAAUAAAAAUAAUAUGUUUUUGAGAGACCAGAAGAAUAUUUUGAUUAAUUCAAUAUAUUUAAACAUUUAGUCAAGGAAUAGGUUUAUCUAGCUAUUCUUCCAAGAGGAUAAUUUGUUUUAUAUUAGAAAAAUGAUAAAAUUGAUAAAAUUAAUUUGGAUGAUUCAAUAGCUAGUAUAAGAGAACACUUGUAAUAGUUCAAAGAAUUGGAUUAAACCCAAAAGGAGUUCCAUUUGCAUAGAAUUCUAUAUAAUAUGAAGGAAUAAAUAGAUGGGGAAUUACCUUAAUUGGGAUUAGAGAAAAAGUAAAAGGAAUUUAAGAAUGCGGAAGAAAAAUUAGAAUAUGAAGUUGAGAUGAGACAAUAUACGGGGAAAGCUUUAUUUAGCAUUCCGACAUUUGAUAAGACAUUAGUUCAUUACAAUUGGGAUAAUAUGUAAUAAAUUCCCUAAAAAUUGUUAUUUUAAUAGUGA